AUGUAUAGUUUACAAGAAAUGCAGUGUUUUUUGUCACAAAAUGCAAGUGUUUUGUGUGAAGGGAUUGAAUGCGAAAAUGCAGUGAAUUUGUCAAUGAAUUGCAAUUCAAUUGAUUUGAAUUCAUGUAAAAUAAGUGAUUAUCAGUUAAAACAAUCAAAUACUCCUAAGUUUAGAUGUGAUUUUAAUAAUUGCAAUAAAAUAUAUCAGUAUAUUUCAAAUCUAAAUCACCACAAAAAUAUCGUUCAUUUAAACGUGAAAUAUGUAUGCGAUUGGAGUGAAUGUCACAAACAGUUUACAACUAAAUACUGUUUAAAUCGACACAAAAGUUGUGUUCAUUUGAGUGAAAAGAAAUAUAAGUGCAAUGAAAAAAAUUGUGGCAAACUUUUUAAUUACAAACGCAAUUUAAAUAAACACAAAGUUAUACAUUCGGGUAAAAAGCCAUUUGUUUGUCAAUACAAUGAUUGCGGACAAAGGUUUAGAGAAAAGUUUAAAUUAUCAGUUCAUUGGAAAAAACACUUGAAUUACAAGUUUUAUUGUAAAUAUCGCGGAUGUAAUGAAAAUUUCGCAAACAAUAAUGCAUUAAAUCAACAUAUAAUCGGUGUUCACAUGAAGGGAAAGCCUGUCUACCAGUGCUCGCAACCAAACUGUGGACAAGUAUUUGGUUACAAACAUCAUUUAUAUCGACACAACCGUUCCGUUCAUUUAAAGCAAAAGCCAUUCAAAUGUGAUGAACAGAAUUGCAACAAAUGUUUUGCUCAUAAACAGCAACUCAAUAAACAUAUGACACGAUUUCAUAAGAAAUGA